AUGAACGAACAAGCUCAUUAACUAUCGUCUUGACAGCGCAAGAGCUCUUCGUUUUUGAAUGAGUUAUCCAUUGCCAGUGCCUGCGCACAUGAGGAUUCCGCUAAUGUGCUGAAAGGACAGCCCCUGGGAAUCAACACAGGCGACGACAGGAAUGAUAAUCAGGAUGUUUAAAUUAAGACUCCUCAACGCUGUUGCCCCAGCAUACUUUUUCUCAGCCACAGCGGUAACCUUCAUUUUUCACUUCUGCUUUUUCAUCCCAACGAUUUUUCAAAGCCCGGGCAUCUCACUGAGAGUAUCAACUGUGAUUCACACCGCCGUUUUCCUAUACCUGAUGCUGAACGCUUUAGGUAACUAUGUCAUGACUAUAAAGUACCCCGCUGAGAGCGCAAAUGAGACCGUGAUUCCUGCAUGUUCGGCAGAUUGCUCAGAUAAAAUAGACGCCCACUACCUCCUCAACGGUCGCCACUUCUGCAAACUCUGUAAGAAAGUCAUACUCAGGAGGGACCACCACUGUUUUUUUACUGGAAACUGCAUUGGCAACAAAAACAUGCGAUACUUCAUCAUGUUCUGCAUAUACACGUCAUGCACUUGUUUGUACUCCUUGGUUCUUGGUGUGGCCUUUCUAACUGUGGAAUACAACAUCUCCUUUGAGAACCCAUUGACUUUCCUCACCCUUCUGCCCCUCUCUACUGGUUACUUCUUCCUCGGAGUUAUUUCAGGUCUGCAGUUCUUCCUGGUGUUGAUGCUAUAUGUGUGGCUGGGCAUCGGCUUGGUGUGUGCAGGGUUCUGCUGUCAGCAGGUGCUGCUGGUAGCGCGAGGGCAGACCUACUGCCAGAUGAAGCGAGGCCAGCUGGUGGAGAGCUGCAGCUCCUGGAAGGACAACCUGAGUGAUGUGUUUGGCUCCCACUGGGCGGUGGGGCUUUUCCUGCCAGUACAGACAGUGGAGGCCUUUUCAGGAGAGGUCGCUGCCCACCACCAUAAACAUGACUGAGGUUCACCAGGGUAAAGAGAACCUGGACAUCAUUCACAUCAACUACCCCCAGUGGUUCACAUAAAGAAGAUCUCAAUUGCAUAUUCCUCGUGUCCU